AUGUGCUCCAAAUUCGUCAUCUCCUUUGGCCUAUUGGCCCUUGCUGCGACUGCCUACGCCCAAGGAACCGCUCCAGCCACACCACCAGCCACACCACCAGCCUCGCCCACCACGCCGCCCGCCGCGCCCGCCACGCCGCCCGCAUCACCCACCACGCCUCCCGCCUCGCCCACCACGCCGCCCGCCUCGCCAGCCACUCCGCCCGCCACGCCGCCCGCAUCGCCAGCCACGCCGCCCGCCUCCCCAGCCUCGCCGGCCUCGCCCGCUACUCCGACUUCGCCCACCACUCCCAGUGACAGUAGCUCCAGCACCGACGACGAGAUAAACAGGUUGAAUCGCCGGGUAAACAGGAUUAACAGACAGGUGAGGGAUUUGAGGCAAGAGGAGCGGCGGAACCGCCAAGAGUUUCGCCGGGAGAUUCGCGAGGUUAGGCGCGAAACAGGACGUCGUCAAAGGCGACCAGUCCAGCGCGUUGUUCGUCGUCGCCGGGGUCGAUUCUAA